CCACGGGUGGGAGCUGCGUGUCCGGUGGGGACCACGGGUGGGAGCUGCGUGUCCGGUGGGGACCACGGGUGGGAGCUGCCCCACACUGGACACUGGACACGACAGAGGUGCCACCCCUCCCCGGACACCCCACACGUCACACAAGUGGGUGAUAUAACGAAGCUGGUUGUAAUUGUGACAGUGUCACACGCCCCCCUUUGCUCUCCACAACGCUGACCGGUCUCCUGCCCUCCGGACAAACUUUGCAGACGGAAGUGAACCUCAAAACACCAAACUUUUGCCCCAAUUCGGGUGGCGGAAGCGCCGAGGCCGGAAGUGGGCGGGACACGGGCAGGAAGCGCUCGGUGCGGCGAAGGGUGGACGAUGCUGGGGGCCGGGGCCGGGGCUUGGGCCUGGGCCUGGGCCUGGGCCUGAGGCCCGAGGCCCUCGUCCCAGCCCGGCGCUUUAUGGCGGGCCUGCUCCAGCUGGCCCUCAACCUCAGCCGCCCGGCCGUCAACUCGUACGGCGGUUUCGCCAAAGGCCUGAGCCGCACCCUCGUCACCUUCUUCGAGCUGGCCUGGCGGCUCCGCCUCCGCUUCCCUUACCUCUACCUGGUGACCUCCAUGGUGCUCAACGUCCGCCUACAGGUUCAUAUUGAGAUCCACUAGGUAAUUUGGAGCAUGUCCCUGUGUUAAUUCAGUCCCGGACUUUGAAAUUGCUGUGUAUUUAUCAACCAUUGAUAAUGGUGACUUCAAAUCUCAGACUAUAUUGGAGUACGCAGACUGUGAAUGCGUUGGAAAAUCUAAACAGUUACCGGCACCACAGCGGAAGGAACGAUGCAGUCAUGGGUGCCCGUGGACUUUCUAUACAAUCACAGGAUUCCAGCUGGCAGCUUCGAGCUACAUUUCCUUUAAGAAAUGGACUCGGUGUUUUAAUAGAACAGCGGAAAUCACUGUGUAGAGAGGGGAAAGAGCCUCUUUCUUUCAUUCAAGAUUGCUUUCCAGCAAGGAACCUUCGGAGGGUGUGUGUCUCUCCACGUUUGGCAGUAGUGGAGAGAAGUUUUGAUGAGCACUUUAAAAGCCUCAACACAGCGGCAAUGAUGGACUGUCUGGGGAGAGUGAGUGAAGUUUUACAGCUGUUCAGAACAUGGUGGAACCCAGGGGGAAAAUGUCUGCACUUCGAGAGGCCGCAGUCAGACCAGGGAAUAUUAAAAGACAAAUUAAUCUUCUCAGUUGCACAUGAAGCCCUGGCUGUUACGAGGUGACUUCAAAACCGAAAUGAGGGCUUUUCCUUUUAACCCUUUGCAGUGAUCCCACCACCUUUCUCCGGGUAUCGGCAGGCUCUGAGCUUUCUGACAUUCUCCAUAGAAACCACUGCUGUGUGAUCUGAAAUGUUCCUUGUGCAGUGCAGUGGAUAGAUAGCACAUUGGUGUAAGAUAGUUAAAUUAAAAUGAAGAGACUCAGAACUGCAACUAUGACGUGAUAACUGCCUUUCCAAAUGUAUUGUUCCACUUGUGCAAUAAUGGCUGAGAGACUGUUUAAACCUGAAUAUUUUUCAAGUUUGAUAAAAACAAAUUACAGAUCAUAAAUUAUCUCUUAGUAAUG